AUGGAGAUUCAAGCGGUUCAUCAGAAUUUACAUUGGGAACCAAAUAACGUUGCGCCUUUAAACUACACAUCUGACGAAGAUGACUUUGAGAGUGGUAAUAGCACAGCCAAGCUCUACGAGCGAUCGCGUAUCAAAGCACUAGCUGACGAGCGAGAAGUUGUACAAAAGAAAACGUUCACCAAAUGGGUUAAUUCUCAUCUGUCAGUUGUCUCGUGCAGCAUCGAAGAUUUGUACAUGGAUUUGCGCGACGGGAAGAUGCUCCUUAAAUUACUAGAAAUCCUAUCCGGUGAGCGACUUCCACGACCCACUCGCGGCAAAAUGCGAAUUCAUUGUUUGGAAAAUGUGGACAAAUCACUAAAUUUCCUUUGUGACCAGCAUGUGCAUUUAGAAAACGUUGGUGCCCAUGACAUCGUAGAUGGCAGUCCUCGUCUAACCCUGGGUCUGAUUUGGACAAUUAUUCUUCGGUUCCAGAUCCAAGACAUUAUUGUUGAAGAGUAUCAGACAAGUGAAACACGAUGUGCAAAAGAUGCCCUACUGUUGUGGUGUCAGAUGAAAACGGCUGGUUAUCACAAUGUAAACGUUCGAAACUUUACCACAAGCUGGCGUGAUGGUUUGGCGUUUAACGCUCUUAUUCACAAACACCGACCAGACCUUAUUGACUAUGCAUCGCUUUCCAAGGCGGAACCACUAAAAAAUCUAUCGAACGCAUUUAACGUUGCUGAAGAGAAGCUACACUUGACUCCACUGUUAGAACCCUCUGAUGUAUGCGUGGAACAGCCAGAUGAAAAAUCUAUCAUCACAUACGUGGUAACGUACUAUCACUACUUCAACAAAAUGAAGGCAGAUACUGUGCAUUCCAAACGGAUUGGUAAAGUUGUGAACCAAGCUAUUGAAACCGAUCAUAUGAUCACACAGUACGAAACUUUGACGAGUGACUUGUUAGACUGGAUCGAGAAAACCAUUGAGUUGUUGAACAAUCGGACGUUUGCGAAUUCACUCUCCGGUGUUCAGCAUCAGUUAGCUGGUUUUAACACCUAUCGCACGAUUGAAAAACCACCCAAGUUCCAAGAAAAAGCUGAACAUUCACGUGAGUUAGCACUCCGUGACGAGCUUAUACGACAAGAAAAGCUUGAACAGCUGGCGUCGAGAUUCGAUCGAAAGGCCGGCUUGAGAGAAACGUGGCUGACGGACAACCAGCGUUUGGUUGCCCAAGAUAAUUUCGGUCAAGAUCUGGCUGCCGUGGAGGCUGCAACAAAGAAGCAUGAGGCCAUCGAAACGGAUAUAUUUGCUUACGAGGAACGUGUGAAUGCCAUGGUAAAUGUUGCCGAAGAACUGGAGCGCGAAAAUUAUCAUGACUAUGAACGUGUCCAGGUUCGGCGAGCAAAUGUUUUGGCUCUUUGGCAGAACCUGUUGAGUUCUCUGGCACUGCGACGCCAUCGUUUGGAUCUGAGUCUACAGUUGCAACAUGUGUUCCAAGAAAUGAGUUAUCUGAUGGAUUGGAUCGAAGAAAUCAAAAAUCGGCUUCGUUCGGUCGAUUUUGGUAAACAUCUCAUGGGCGUUGAAGAUUUAAUACAGAAGCACAGUCUACUCGAGGCUGAUAUUCGCGUUCUGGGUGGUCGCAUGAAUCAGGUGCUUGAACAAGCGGAACCGUUUAUCACUUGCACCUUCCCCGAAGAUGUCGGUUCCUACAAGCCGAUUGAACCGGAAGUUGUACAGGAACGUGGUCGUGCAUUACGGGCUGCUUAUGAGGAAUUACACGACUUGGCCGAUAGUCGUCUGCAAGGACUUCUUGACUCCCGGAAAAUGUGGCAGUUCUUCUGGGCUAUGGAUGAUGAAAAAGAAUGGAUCAAAGAGAAGAGCCAGCUUAUGUCAAGUCCGGAUCUUGGUCAUGAUUUAAGUAGUGUAGGCCGAUUACUACGGAAACACAAAGCAUUGGAAAAAGAAUGUCAGCUACAUCAUGGUGUACUUCAAAGUGCCUUGAAGGAUGGUGAUAAGUUGAUCGAGGAGGGCAACCAAGGUCAUGAGCUAAUCUCACAGCGCAAAGCAGAGAUGCUUAAACUCUGGGACAAACUGGCCGACUUGACUGCUGACCGUAUUCAACGUUUGGUCGAAUCUCAGGAAUUCUUCCAGCUCAUGGCUGAUUGUGAUGAUGCAGAUGUUUGGCUUAGCGAGCAACAACGAAUCGUUAGCAAUGAAGAUGUAGGCUUGAAAUUAGCCACAACAGAAUCCCUAUUGAAAAAUAAUCAAGAAGUGAUGAACAACUUGAAUGAAUUUCAAUCUACUAUUGACCAGCUUCAUCAACAAGCGGCCACUGUAUCUGAAUAUCCGGAUUGUGAUGCGGCAACAAUUGCCAGUCGACUGGAGGCCGUUGAUCAACACUAUCAGCAGGUGCAAGAGAUGGCUAAACUUAGACAGCAACGUCUGUUGGAUGCUCUGUCUAUGUACAAACUGUUCGACGUUUCAGACACCGUUCGCGCUUGGAUCACAGAAAAAGAAAAGUUACUGACAACUCUAGUCCCAAGUGAUGAGAUCGAACUAGAAGUAAUCCGUCAUCGCUUCGAGUGUUUCGAGAAGGAACUAACUACCAAUGCUGAAAAAGUAGACACGGUGAAUAAACUUUCCGAGAAAAUGCUGGGAACUGAACAUCCAGACAGCACAAAGAUUCUCGAACACCAGGAUAUUUUGAAUGCCUCCUGGAACGAUCUGGCCGACUUGGUCGAUCGACAAAAACGCCAACUCGAUCUGGCUUAUCAGUACAAUCAGUUCCUAAUUGAAAGCGCGGAAACCGCUAAUUGGAUCAAGGACAAAGCCAAACUCAUCGAAUCUACGGAUGAACUAGGGAACGAUUUAAGUGGCAUUAUGCAAUUGCAACGACGACUGGGUGGUCUACAGCGCGACCUAAAAGCAAUCGAAGCUAAAGUAGAACAUCUAGACAGUCAGGCGGAAGAACUUUGCUUGGCUAAACCCGAACACAAACCUGUUGUCGAGGCUGAAAAUCAAAAGAUUCAUGAAUUGUGGAAUGACCUAAAGGAAAUGCUGAAAGAACGCGACGAUCGACUAAAUUAUUCCAGUGAACUUCAACGGUUCCUGCAAGAUCUGGACCACUUCCAGCUGUGGCUUCAUCGUACACAAACAGACGUUGCCUCUGAGGACAUACCAAACAACCUCCAGGAAGCUGAGGCCCUUGUCGACCGUCAUCAGCAACUAAAGGCUGAAAUCGAUGGCUACGAGGGUGAUUUCCACCGCCUAAUGGAGUUUGGCCGUCGUGAAACUGCUGACCAAACUGAUGCGCAGUAUGAGUUCCUCGCUGAACGUUUAGAUCGUAUUGAAGAAGAUUGGGAAGCUCUACACAACAUGCAUGCCAAACGCGGGGAGACUCUGGCCCAAAAUGUAGAAGCCCAUACUUUCUUCCGCGAUGCCCAACAGGCUGAUGUUGCACUGACAAAACUCGAACAAGCGGUGGCUAAAGAAGAACCAGUGACAUCCCUCGAAAAAGCACAAGAAAAUCUGAGACAGUGGGAAGCUCUUCAAGCCCAAAUUGCUGCUAAUGAUGACCGAAUCGACAGCGUUUUAGCCGAGGGUCGUGCCCUUAUCGAACGCAAGAUAUUCCCAUUGGAGAAAAUGCAAGCCAAGUGUGAUCAGCUACAAAGUCGACGCGAUUCGUUGAAGAAACGCGCGGCUGAAAAGGAGGAGCAGCUACGGGAGCAGCUGCAUUUGCAAGAGUUCUGUCAAGAAGUUGACGACGUUGAGGAAUGGCUUACAGAGAAAGCAGUGGCAGUUACCGAACAACCACAGCCAGUUGCAAAGAAUAUUGCAUUACUUUAUGGCAAAUUCAAGGCAUUUGAGGGUGAAUUGGACGCCAACAAAGAUAAAAUCGCCAAAGUCAUCGAGGAGGGACAAGGUUUGCUGGAGGCUCAUCCUACUCUUCAGCCUCAAAUCGAACCUCGGGUUGCUGCAUUGCGUCGCCAAUGGGAUGAACUCAACACGACCGCUGCGGAAAAGAGCGCCAAGAUGGCAGAUGCUAACCGAGAAACGCUGUUCGAUGAAACCGCCAAGUCCAUGAUGACCUGGAUAACUGAGGUCAGUUCCCAGAUAGUUACCACUACCGAGGAGGUGACCGAAGAGAUCGGGCUGGUGGAGCUUAACGAGCACUUGAAAGACCAAGACCGUAAAGAUCAGGAAUUGGCGACCAAGCGCCGUAUGCUGGAGGACAUGGCAACUCAUGCUGAGAAGCUCAAGGAGCAGUACCCAGAACGCCAGGAAGAGUUUGAGCAAGUUCAUCAAGAGGUCCGUAUUCGUCUGACCGAACUGGAAGCGCCUCUCGCCAACCGCAGAGACCGAUUGUUGAAACAGAAACGCGUGCGUCAAUUCCUCCGAGACAUAGAAGACGAGAAAGAUUGGGUCAAGGAGAAACUUGCACUCAUUGAGGAUUCAAGCAAACUGGGCAACUCAUUGUUAGCCACACAACAGCUUUUGCGUCGUCAUCGCAUGCUCGCUAACGAGGUGGAAUAUCAUCGACCACGGAUAGAAUCUGUUUGUCAAGAGGGUGAACAAAUGAUCCAAGAAGGACACCCCAGGAGCGAACGAUUCCGUGAGGCUAUAGAUGAGCUAUGGGCUCUCUGGGGACAGUUGGAACAGGUCAUGUCCGAUCGACAACAGAAGCUGUUGGACAACGAAGUUGCACAGCAAUAUUUGUUCGAUGCCAGCGAAGCUGAGGCCUGGAUGGGUGAACAGGAGCUUUACCUUAUGGGCGAUGAACGGGCCAAGGAUGAACAAGGAGCAAACAACGCAAUGAAAAAACACGAACAACUGCAAAAGGUUGUUGAAAACUAUGCGAAUGAGAUUCGCAACUUGGGUGAACGCAGUCGUCAUAUGUUGGAGGCCGGCCAUCCAGAAGCAGAAGCCGUUGCAGCCAAACAAGCACGGGUCGAUAAAAUGUACGCGGGAUUACGUGAUUUGUGCGUGGAACGCCGUGCCAGAUUGGAAGAAAUACUCAAACUGUAUUAUUUGUUGCGAGAAAUUCUUGAUCUGGAGGCUUGGAUCGCUGAGCGAAUUGUGGUUGCCAGCAGCCACGAAUUGGGUGCAGACUAUGAACACUGUUGCCUUCUCCGAGAACACUUUGCUGAGUUCGCUCGUGAAACUAAUGAACUUGGUAAACACAGGAUUGCAGCAGCCAACGAACUGUGCGAUGCCCUUAUCGAUCAGGGUCACGGUGAAGCCGCUGAGAUAGCCGGUUGGAAGGAUCGUGUCAAUGAGGCUUGGGCAGAUCUACUCGAGUUGAUUGACACACGUAUCCAGCUCCUCAAGACUGCUUUGGACCUACACAAGUUCCUUUCUGAUUGUCAAGUACGUUUGCGUCUGCCGUAUUAG